AACCAAGCAAAAUGGAGGAAAUCGGACUUGCCGUAUCUGAAAAGGAGGAUUCCAUGAUAACAGACUCAAGACCAACAACUGGUCAAGGAGUGAACAAUGCUGAUCCAUUAUCAGUCGAUAUGGAAGAUCUUUAUAUCAAAUACAAGAAACUUCAAAGACAGCUAGAAUUUUUAGAAGUUCAAGAAGAAUAUAUAAAGGAUGAACAAAAGAAUUUAAAGAAAGAAUAUCUGCAUGCCCAAGAAGAAGUCAAGAGAAUACAGAGUGUACCACUUGUUAUUGGUCAGUUUCUAGAAGCUGUUGAUCAAAAUAAUGGUAUAGUUGGAUCGACUACAGGUUCUAAUUAUUAUGUAAGAAUAUUAUCAACAAUAGAUAGAGAAUUACUCAAACCAUCUGCUAGUGUAGCUCUACAUAAACAUAGUAAUGCUUUAGUAGAUGUUUUACCACCUGAAGCUGAUAGCAGUAUUACUAUGCUGUCUGCUGAUGAGAAGCCAGACAUACAAUAUGCAGAUAUUGGUGGUAUGGAUAUACAGAAACAAGAAGUUCGAGAAGCUGUCGAGUUACCACUAACACAUUUUGAACUGUAUAAACAGAUUGGUAUUGAUCCACCACGUGGUGUAUUAAUGUUUGGACCACCAGGUUGUGGUAAAACUAUGUUAGCUAAAGCUGUAGCUCAUCAUACAACAGCUGCAUUCAUCCGAGUAGUAGGAUCUGAGUUUGUACAGAAAUAUUUAGGUGAAGGACCUAGAAUGGUACGUGAUGUUUUCAGAUUAGCUAAAGAAAAUGCACCAGCUAUUAUAUUUAUUGAUGAAAUUGAUGCAAUAGCUACCAAAAGAUUUGAUGCUCAAACAGGAGCUGACAGAGAAGUGCAAAGAAUUUUGUUAGAAUUACUUAAUCAAAUGGAUGGUUUUGAUCAAACAGUUAAUGUCAAGGUUAUUAUGGCUACCAACAGAGCUGAUACAUUAGAUCCUGCUUUAUUACGUCCUGGACGUUUGGAUAGAAAGAUAGAAUUCCCUCUACCUGACAGACGACAGAAACGUUUGAUAUUUUCUACUAUAACAGCUAAAAUGAAUUUAAGUGAAGAAGUAGAUUUAGAAGAUUAUGUAGCUAGACCUGAUAAAAUUAGUGGUGCUGACAUCAAUGCCAUAUGUCAAGAGGCUGGAAUGCAGGCUGUACGUGAAAAUAGAUAUGUUGUAUUAGCUAAAGAUUUUGAGAAAGGAUAUAAGAAUAACAUCAAGAAAGAUGAAACAGAACAUGAAUUCUAUAAAUAAAUUGUCUUUGUUGUAACAAAUUGUGUUUACUUUGUCAUUAAAUGUUCCAAUCUUUGGUGUUUUUUUUGUAAACUUCCUAAUGUGAAAAUCUUCAUUAUCAAUCAAUUUUUUUCUUCUUUUUAAUUAUAUCUGUUACCAUUUUCCUUUGUCCAUGAAUGAGAGGCAAUCCUAUGCAUAUUGAUGAAAUUUCUAUUAAAUUUUAUUCUGGCAAUAUUUGGCUGAUUCACUGCCGUAAAAUUUUCUGUGUGGACUAAUAACAUUGAAUGAACUCUAAUGACUGCUUUUGUGUUGAAAGAUUAGAAAUUACAUACAUUACAUAAUUUAUAUACAAAUAUCACACUUAAUAAGAUAAACUGUAACAUAUAAAACACGAUUUCUUUCUCAUCUAAUUGUUGAUAUACUCAUU